AUGAUUCGACAAGGAUCGUUUGCUUCCGAAGAGUCUAUUUAUCAUCCGAAGAACCGGGCACUCGUUCCGCAAAAUGUGAUGGACGUGCAGGAUUCCGAGUACAUUGGAAUCAUCACAAUCGGGAAACCGUAUCAGACAUUCAAAGUUAUUUUGGCAACUGGGUCAUCCAAUCUCUGGGUUCCCGGAUUCGAAAGCGAGUUAGUCCUAAAGCGCCCCUCGUUUUCCCAUCGCUCUAUUUUCAGUUCUUCUUGCGACGGGAAGACGCACUUCAAUCCCAAAGUCUCCGACACUUUCCGUACUACCGGCAGAUCAUUCUUUUUGAACUACGGAUCAGGGACUCUGUUUGAAAGCCGAGCCUCGGGGUACAUGGCACAGGACCUUGUCACAUUCGGAGCAUACGAGGGAGCUCAAUUGAAAGUGCCGGAUAGUCUUUUUGGGCUGGCACUGACCAUCUCCGCAGAUUUGACAAAUGUGAAAGGAGUUAUGUUAUGUGUUCGAGUCCUCAACGACUUGUUUCAGGAUACCAACAUCGACGGAUGCCUUGGUCUCGGUCCUGCACUCAACUACGACAAAGUCGCCAUGUCUCCCCUGAUGAAUGCGAUUCAGCAAGGCCUCCUGGACUAUCCGCUCUUCUCCGUUUACCUCGAGCAUCAUGGCUCCGCGAGCAAUGUGCCGGGCGGUGCGUUCACUUACGGAGGCAUUGACACCGAUCAUUGCGGGCCCAUCAUCGACUGGCUUCCGUUUGUUUCCUCCGGCAAUUACGAGUUCAUGGCGAGUUCUGGAGGCAUCGACGAAAACUUGAACCCUUUAAAAAAGUUUUAG